CAUAAGACCCCCUCCUCAGUGUAGCAAGAACAGUCUGAUCCUGCCAGAGCUGCAACAGAAGAGCCAACAUGAUCCCCUCCAUUACUCUCAACAAUGGAUCAAAGAUGCCUAUAGUGGGUCUGGGAACAUGGAGGUCAGACCCAGGGAAGGUCUGUGAGGCUGUAAAGGCGGCAAUAGAUGUGGGAUACAGGCACAUUGAUGGUGCUUAUGUCUACCAGAACGAAGGAGAAGUUGGGGAUGGAGUUUGUGCCAUGAUCGACAAAGGAGUGGUAAAGAGGGAGGAUCUGUUCAUCGUCAGUAAGUUGUGGUGCACCUCCCACCUCCCAUCUCUGGUGAGGACAGCCUGUGAGAAGACGCUCUCUGACCUGAAGCUGGACUACCUGGACCUUUACCUCAUGCAUUUCCCUAUGGGAGCCAAGCCUGGGGAUAAUAUGUUUCCCGUUGAUGCCAAUAACCAGCUCAUUCCUGAUGGCAGCGAGUUCUUGGACACCUGGGAGGCCAUGGAGAAGCUGGUGGACUCUGGGCUGGUCAAAGCUAUCGGCAUCUCCAACUUCAACAAAGACCAGAUCGAAGCACUCCUCAACAAACCAGGCCUCAAAUACAAGCCUGCCAACCACCAGAUUGAGAGUCACCCGUACCUGCCUCAGGAGAAGCUGAUCAACUACUGCCAGUCAAAGGGCGUCCCAGUGACCGCCUACAGUCCCCUGGGCUCCCCCGACAGACCCUGGGUUUCGUCCGAUGAUCCCUCUCUGCUGGACGAGCCUCGGAUCAAGGACAUCGCGAAAAGGCACAACAAGACUCCAGCACAGGUUCUCAUCCGGUUCAGCAUCGACAGGAACAUGCUUGUUGUCCCCAAGUCAGCGACGCCCCAUCGGAUCAAGGAGAACUUCCAGCUGUUUGACUUCAAGUUGAGUGAUGAAGACAUGAAGACCAUGAUGAGCUUCAACGAGAGUAGAGCAUUCAAAAUGGAAUGGGCGACGCAUCACAAAGACUUCCCUCUGAAUACAGAAUACUAGACAACGUGCUGAGCUUUCUGUUGAUUUAAAAUCUACACGCUGACUCCACAUCCUGUUUUUCUAGGAUUUGAUGAUUCAUUUUACCUAUGAUUAAUGGGGCCUACCCUUUACUAAGUAUGCCAUUAUCUUUGGGUUAAAUACCUGGAUCACUAUCAAUGCUGUGCAGAGGUGAAAUAAGUACUCGGAGUAAAGAUCGCCAUAUACCUGUGUACAGAGCCGGACUGGGACAAUAAGUCAGGCCGGGAAUUAUACACCCAACCAGGCCACUACCAGUUUUCUUUUGUGCAAUUUUCCUGGAUUUAUUUGUCAAUAUCUGCCCGUAGUGAGAGCCAUAAACUUUAAAACUACCCCAGCAUAAACAUAUGGACAUGG